AUGAAACCUAUUCGGUUAGCGACGACAAAAGAGCUCCAUGAUGCCUCGACCAUACCAUCAAUAACUGUAGAAAAGACGAAUCCUUCUGAGAUGUUAUCACAUUCAAAGAAGGAGGUCGUGCCAAUGGCCUCACGCGCUACGCCAACUACUAGGACAAUAUCUAAAAUCUCUGCCUCGCAUGCCAAUAAGAUAACCGAAUCUCUACCCAAGUCUCAUAAACGUGCAAUAAGCCAUAUCAUAUCUAUUCUAUCUCAAACAAGUCUCUUAGAAUGUCAGACAAUCUCAUUUGAGAGAUACAAAAGAGAAAUUGAACCGCAUCUGUUCCAAGUAAGAUAUUCGCAACAUGAUUUUGACCUGGUGCUGUCACUCUAUCAAUGCGGACAUGGGGAAAUCGCUUACAAGCUCCAAACUAUAUUGGCUGCUCAAUGGCCCUACUCUGCUGAUGUCAAGGCUACAAUAGUGACCAGUUUAGGCUUACUCGUAUCGCAAGGAAAGCCAGAAUAUGCGGAGAGCUUUCUAAAUCUACUAAUUGAGAAGUUCGAUGAAGAGCAGUACGAAAUGUUUUCAAGAUCCCUAAGGUUAACGGUAUCAGAUUCUGAUAAAGAUGAUCCAAAUGUAAGAAAAAUAGGUGGUCUGUCUGUAGACAAGAAGUCGCCUCCAAUCCCUGAUAGUGGGGAUUCACAAGACAUCUUUUCUACUUUGAAGAACCCGCGACGAUUUAAAUAUUUCGUUGCCAAUGCAUUGGUAAAAUUCGCUCUGGAACUAGGUGAUCCUCUCCUAGCGGCAUCCCUCCUUAUUCAAUUCCGAUCUGAUUUUGUCUACAUUCAAACUAAUUCCAUUUACAAUUGCAUUCGUGGACUACUUGUCUACGACCCAUAUUUAAACCCUUUUCUAAUAAGGGCAAUUUACAAUAUUUAUUGUGCAUAUCCUAAUGAUCGAGUCUUGUUUGACUCUGAAAUGAAAAGAAAACUAACAAUGAAUGGCAUUCGCUAUUGCAAAAACAAAUAUCCAUCUUUCGCCAAUGAAUGCUUUAACCUGGCUGUCAAGCUCAAGGGUGACCCCGUACCGAUAGUCGCGGUCUACAAAAUGAUCAUGCUCAACUUGCAAUAUAAUAACGUCACCCAAGCAUCUAACAUUUGGAAAGCUUUUUCAAGUUCUCUUGGCGAAUUUGACAAUCAUGAUAGGCUGACGAUAUCCGCUCUAUUGCUGAGAUUAUCAAAAGAUAAAAAAUAUCUUCCAGUUUCGGUUGCUAUUGCUAGCUCGCUACAACCAUCUUAUUAUAACCUAGAAGGCAUAACCGAAGGACUUCUGUUGACAUGUGCACGCUCCAAAAACGUCGAGUUGAUAGAAAAAAUAUAUCCACAUUUGGAGCAGCCAUUUCGGCGAUCCACUUUGACAGCACUGCUAAAAUUACACCUGGUAUUAGACGAUUCUUCUGGUGUUGAAAAGCUUUUGUUAGAAAUCAAUAGCAGAAAAAAAACUGGCUCGAGUACACAUCAUAAUGGUGGACUCAAUGAAGUCGAACUGUCGUCUAUUAUAGAAGAGCUGUCGAAUCAUGAUACUAGUCGCGCCGAGACAUUCUUAGAAAGAUUUUCGACAUGGCCCAGCAAACUGCUGCUUCGGUCAUACGCUGCAAUCUCAAAUCGGGCCAUUGAGAAAAAGGAGUGGGCAACCUACCAAAAAUAUCUGGAUCUUCUCUUAGAUCACGAUGAUUCUCGUGAUCUAAGUGACGUAUGCUGUAUAGAAAACAUACAGCUGAAAGCAGAAUGCAGCAAACUGUCAGAGUCUACAAGCUCGUUUCACUCCGUGCAAAGACUACACCAGUCUCUAACUGGUCCUCGGCGGAAAUUUUAUAAAACUCGCGAACGAUUAGUUGGACUGCAUAUUAUCUGUGAUACAGCUCUAAAACUUCAGACCCGAGCCACAUCCAUUAUCCAAUGGCUUGUACUGGAAUAUUUGAACCUUGGGUUGGCUCAUAAUGACAUACGGCAGCAUCUCCAAAUGAGACACGGAUUUCGGAUCCUGCCUCCUGAUAUUCAGCAAAAGUGGCUCUCAAGCCUCGAACCUCAUGACCAACAAACAAACCUGUAA